GUUAAAACUUAAAGACACAUAGUCGUAAAGACAAAGACAACAAUAACAUUAAUUUUGCUCUUAUAAUUUAUUGCUAUUUUAUUGUAUUGAAAUGCGACAAAGUAAAGUGUUUAGAAAUUUAACUGGUGCAUAAAGAUUUUCUAUUGAUAAUGUCAUGAAAAAUUUGGCCAUACAACCAUGUUUAGCAAACUGUCUGCUUCUGCAAACGGAUCGCGUACAUUUGAGCAUUGUUUUGAAGAUUAUUACAUCGGAAAUGACCAAACAAUAUAAGCACGUUUUUUUUGCCGCUGAUUUAAAUAUGGACACACCAUGUUAUGAUAAUUAAACUUAAUUAAAAAAGAAAAAAUGAAAUAUCUGAGAGCGCUCUGCAGAAAUAUUCCUCGUUCAAUUGUAAAUUUAGGCCUUCGACAAAAAUUACCAAGUAGUCCUUUUAAUUAUGAACUUGCAGUCAAGCAGCAUGAAGAUUAUAUAACUGCGUUACGUAAUGCUGGAAUAAGCGAUAUUAAAAUUCUUGAAAGUGAUGAAAGUUUACCUGAUUGUGUAUUUGUUGAAGAUACUGCUAUUGUUAUUGGUCAAACAGCAUUGAUUACAAAUCCUGGUGCAAGUUCAAGAAAACUUGAAACAAUUAGCGUAUUAAAACAUUUCAAAAACAGUGAUUGUAUUAAAAAUAUUCAUAUAAUGACAGGACCUGCUUGUUGCGAUGGUGGAGAUGUUUUGUUUACAGGUAAAGAAAUAUUCGUUGGUAUUUCAAGAAGAUCAAAUUUGGAAGGAGUGGUUACAAUAAAAAAUGUUUUUAAUAAUUUUCCAGUUCACGCAUUAGAUAUUGGCUCAAAACAUCUUCAUUUGAAAAGUUUUUUAAGCAUGUUAAAUGAAAAUACUAUUGCGUUAGGAAAAAGUGAAACUGCUCAGUUUGUUAAAAAGCAACUUUUAAACAAAGCUUGUGAAAAAUAUGAAUUUUUCGAGGUUUCUGAUGAUUAUGCAGCAAAUGUAAUUUAUGCAAAUGGAGUAUUAAUACACCGUUCGGUUAAUGAGUUUCCCGAAAGCUUUAAGCUCUUUAAUAAUUUGCCAGUUAAAACUAAGAUAUCUCUGAACUGUUCCGAGAUAAGUAAAGUUGAUGGUGCUCUUACAUGUUGCUCUAUUUUGUACUAAACUCAAAAUGUACUAGGUACUAAGUUGCUUUGUACUAGAUUAAACUCAAAUUGGAUUGUAUUAUAUGAGAACUUGAUUUGUAAAUAUAAUGAACAUUUUUUAACUUUUUGUGCGUUGAAUAGUUUUUAUGGAAUUA